GCUUGACAGGGAUAACAGUAGCAGAAAGGCUAACAGACAGACUCCUAUAGAUUAUAAUCGGGUUUGAAUUAAGUAGGAAGAUAAAAUGUUUGGUUAUGGCCGGAGUAAUUUUACCUGGAAUGGGACUCUCAAAGAAUUGCAGGGCACCUAUCAUUCAUCUGUCUGCAAAGAGGGACGCCGUUCCAGAAUGACUGACUCUUCCAACUCGUCCAGCGGCUUGGAGGUCCUGCUGUCAGCCCUGGAGAAUGCUGGGGACGUGGAAAGCACACUGAAAAUUCUCAGUGUUCUAGAUGAACUUUUGUCAGCUGGCACAGAUCGUCGCAUCUACUACAUGAUCAGUAAAGGGGGAAGCGAGGCUCUACUUACUGCACUGGUCAAUACGGCUCGCUGCUUUAAUCCCAACUACACCAUACUACUGCCACUGUUGCACCUGCUGGCCAAAGUGGGAUACAGAGACCGCCGAAUUGGAAUGAAAGCAGAAGAUGCUGGUGCUGUUGUGCUAACUUUAAAUCUGCUUAAACAAAACCUCAAAAAUGCCAAAAGAGCUGCCGCCUGCCUCUGGGUUAUUCAAGUGUUUGCUUCUUCAGUUUCUACUGCAAACCUGAUUGGAGAACACUGUGGACUAGAUGUCAUAUAUCGCCUCAUCCCACACUAUACCACUAAGAACCUUCAUACUAUCAAGGCAGCCAUUAAUGCUUUUGCGGCUGUGCUCUGCACAAAGGCUAACGUCUGCCUGGUGGUAUCUAAGGGCUACAUCUCUGGACUAUUGCGGCUUUAUGAGGACUGGCACUGCAAGGAUACUCAUCACGUUGCCAUAGCAAUCCGCCAUGCGCUGCUGCGUUGCCUUCAUAAGGUCACUUACAGUACUGCAGGCAGAGAGGCAUUCUUUUCACUCGGAGGCCUCCGCCUUAUUUACCAAACAACACAGACAUGUUUGAUGAACAAAGCUCUCUCCUCUCUCGUGGAGCCUUCAGUUCAGCUCAUGAGAAAAUGUCUACCUAAAACCCGCCUUCCUCUGACCUCAGAUCUGUCUGCAUACUCCUUUCCAAUACCGGGACGACCCCACUCUGACCUUCAUGUCAACAUGGCAUUCAGUGACAGCUGUGGGGACAGCGAUGAAGAGGAACCUGAAAAAAAUCAGGAGACUGAACACAAUAACUAUGAUGACGAUUUGGAGACUGACCAGAGCAAACUACGCCAUCGGCCUGAGCCGGACAGACCUAAAGAAGCCCUGGCACAGUACAACGUUUUUUGCCCUGAGCUCUACCAUGAUUUUCAGGAGCUAGAUUUGGGUUCAGAAACAGAGAGAAGUUCACCAGCAUCUUCAUCAGAUGAUGAAGAUGAGCUCUGUUACAGCUCUUCACCUCAUGGCUCUCAAAGAAAUGGGAGUGAUCCUUUCCAAAGGAAAUACCCUAAAGGUGUUGCACAGUCAGAUUCUCGCAAUUUUCACAUUCGGUCCACUGUCCUUGGCACCAGUCCUAGUUUUAGAGCUAUACCAAAAGAAACAAGGGGAGACCACUUUUUGCAGCAAAAUGACCAUGGUCACAAUGAUGAGGAGGAGACAGGAGAUGAGAGCUGCCAUCAGACCAUCAUAGAUCGAUUACUUGAGAGAAAUGCCUCAUGUAUCCCUCACCACGAUCCCAAACUGUACCGCUCUGCCGCCUCAAAAACUAAGUCCAUCCCUGACUUCAACAUCCUGGGCUUUCCUGACUUCUGGGGUCACCUUCCACCCAAAGGACACGAACCUAUGGCUCCACGUAAACCCAAUGUGCAGAGGCAAAAAGUGUUGAAGGAUGUCGAGCGCUUCCUGAAUAAAGAUGACAUCAUCAACAAGGUUAUUUUUGAUGUGGAGGACAGCAGUCUGCAGUGCCCUUCUGACAGCACAGAGUCUCUCAGGUUCUUUUCCAAGUUUGAAUGCGGAAACCUCCGGAAAGCUGUUCAGGUCCGCAGAUAUGAAUAUGAUCUGAUUCUGAAUGCAGACGUGAACUGCUCUCAGCACACUCAGUGGUUUUACUUUGAGGUCAGUAACAUGGAGCCAAAUGUGCCCUACUGCUUCAACAUCAUCAACUGUGAAAAGACCAACAGCCAGUUCAACUACGGCAUGCAGCCAGUCCUGUACUCUGUGAGAGAGGCUCUAGAAGGUCGACCUCACUGGGUCCGAACUGGAACCGAAAUCUGCUACUACAGAAACCACUUUUGUCCUGUGCGAGGCAGAAUGAUGGCCACCUUUUAUACACUGACAUUUAGCAUCACCUUCAAACACAGUGAUGACGUCUGCUAUCUGGCCUACCACUAUCCAUACUCCUACUCUGCACUGAAGGCCCAUCUUAAAGUGCUGCAAAAGUCAGUAGAUCCUGCCAAAGUGUUUUUCCGGCAGCAGACUCUGUGCGGGUCUUUGGCAGAAAACUCCUGUCCACUGGUCACUAUCACUGCCUGUCCGGCCAGUCGAGGUUGGAAGGAUCUACAUCAGUUACGUAAUCGCAUCUACAUUGUGCUCACUGGCAGAGUCCAUCCUGGUGAGUCCAAUGCCAGUUGGGUUAUGAAAGGCACACUGGAGUUUCUCUGCAGCAAUGACCCGGUAGCCCAGAGUUUAAGGGAAACUUUUGUCUUUAAGAUCAUCCCAAUGUUGAACCCUGAUGGAGUCAUCAAUGGCACACAUCGCUGUAAUCUGAACAGUGAGGAUCUGAACCGACAGUGGUCUAAACCAGACCCGGUCCUCAGUCCAACCAUCUACCACACUAAGGGAUUUCUCUAUUAUCUCAACAGCAUAGGAAGGACACCUCUGGUGUACUGCGACUACCACGGUCACUCAAGGAAGAAGAAUGUGUUUUUGUAUGGCUGCAGUGUGAAGGAAACGCUGUGGCAGUCUGCAGUGGACACUGUGGGUGUGAAGGAGGACCCCGGCUACAGGACCAUUCCAAAGACCUUGGACCGUAUAGCACCUGCAUUUUCAUUCAACAGCUGCAACUACCUGGUGGAGAAAUCUCGUUCAGCCACGGCCAGAGUGGUGGUUUGGAGGGAAAUUGGUGUCCUCAGGAGUUACACCAUGGAGAGCACCUACAAUGGCUGUGACCAGGGAAUAUACAAGGGCUUACAGAUGGGAACCAGAGAGCUGCUGGAGACGGGGCUCAAGUUCUGCCACAGUUUGCUGUCAGUUUCCAAAGAUGUGAAGACCCUCUACAGCAGGAGGCUCAUCAACCACAUAGACUUGGACCAUAAUACUCUAGACCACACGUCCAAUGACUGUUUUGAAGACGAUGAGCCUCCAUGUGUUGAGGAAAUUGAAUAUUCCAAAGACUGUCCUGCUCUAAAAGGAGCUGACCUGGACUCAGAUGUCAACAACAACAUGGCAUGCUGUGAUGAAGACGAGGAGUGUGAAGGAGAGCAGCAGAGGAACAGUUUCAGCCAAUCCAGCAUGAAGAGCAGACUCUAUCACCUCAUCUCACAGACCUCCAUCGGGACUGAGUGAACACAGGACAGUUCAUACGUGGGCUUCAAAAGUUCACUCAUUGUAGUUUAAUCAUGGGUUGGACUAGGCUAAUUGCAUUAUGUUAGAAUAUAAUUCACAGAAAUGAAUCAUAUUUUGAAUUGUUAUGUGAGUAUGCAAAUCUAGAAAACUGGCACUACUUUAUCCAUGUUUACAUAAGAGGCUUUUACAGGUGCUAGUGUGAACGUCUUAUAAUUCAGUUUGUGUGGUCUGCCAAGUAAAAAAAAACAGAUUAAUUACUAACAUAAAAUGUUGUAAAUACUUUAGAGUUUAAAAGUGUGUAGAAUACUCUUGUAAAUAAUACCAUUUCUGUCUUGUGCGGUGCAUGUGGUUCAGUUUGAAUUUAAACAAAGUUAAAAUAACGUGUAGUCUGUACUCAGAUGUUAUCAGACUGUGUUUGGUGAAUGUAACUAAAUAAUGUGUGAUGAUAUAAAUACUGAUAUAUGUGCUUCUGUAGCACCCACUCAAACCUACUACCUAAUGCAAAUACACAUUUUCUCGCCAAAAUUUUCAGUCUGCCCAUCCAAAUUCAGCAGGCCAGGCCUGAUUCCUGCCACUGUUUUUAUGCUAUUUGUGUGAGUGACUUAAAUAAUUAAACUGUUAAGAAUGCUUGCACCCCGCUUUUACCAGCCAAUGCUAUUGAAAAUAAUAUAUAAAACAAAAUACUAGCCGUCCUCCCUCAGAGGGGUAGGUCAGACAUUUUGUGUGUUUGAAAAAUGUUUGUAUAGAAAUAUGUUAACGCCCGUAGCCCCUGAAGACCUAUCUGUGUAGAGCAGAGUAAACAUGGUAGUGUUGGAGCAGUUCUCUUGUUACAAUAGCAGUUAAUUAGCCCAGUCAGGAGGGAGCGCUAUUGAUCGCCUCUGUUAAUUGGACGUUUAACUGUCCAAUCCCAGAGGCCUGUUCAGCACAGCUAUGGUUUCAGUUUGUGUGAGAGUGUGAGGGACGAGAGAAACCACAGGAAACAGAGCUGCUUCUGCCUCAUCACAAAUGUACACUGUGACUUUGUUCACAUCUUUGAUAUCCCAUAUAGCGACAACACAAUGUGAUUUUUCUUGAUAUCAGCUAAACAAUAGUAGCCUAAAAUGGGAGAAUAAUUAUACCCUGAUGUGGCUUAUAGUUAUUAUUCAGCCAGGCCUCUUUGAUUUUGGAAUAGCUGUAGCAUGUGGCUCUUGUCCAAAAUACAAAAUAUGUAUUUAUUAAGAAACAUUUAAUACUGUCUUUAGGCCUUAGUUUUCGGCAUCACAUUUCGUGGUGUGCAGAGCCCAUCAAACAGAGGCACAGAGACCACUCCUCUGAGGCCAAGUUUCUGAUAUCAGGUUUUUACCAAAACAAAAUAUGAAACUGGAGCAUGUGGUAAAUGUGUACUAUGAUUUGUGAUGAGUGAAUAAUUUAGUAGUCUGAAAGCCUCUGGUCCUACGGUAAGGCCUAUUGCCCAGGGGCACAGUGACUCAUGUAAAGGUAAUCCAGCCUAAGCCAGAACCAAGGCACAGAUAUUGAUAUGUAGUCAGACUUCGCAAGGUUAUCAACUUCUCUGCUAAUAUGCAAUGCAUCUGUUUACAUAGGUGCACUUUUUAAAUAAUCCAAAUUUGCCCUGAAAUGCGUACAGUGUAUGUAUUUAUCACAUUUUUAUUUUGUAAAAAGUGGAAACAUGUUGUAAGAACUCAGAAAAUAUUUCAGAUAGGUCUACUGUACAUUUUGUUGUUUUUUGUUUGUUUGUUUGUUUGUUUUUUCCAGAUCUUGAGAUACUGAAUGCAUUCAUGAAUAUAAUUUCAUUCAGAAAAAUGCCAGUACAAUUUAAUUACUAAACGUUUAUGCAGUGAAAAGGAACAGUUAGUCUGGUUGACAAGACUAAUGUGGCUGCUGUACUAUACCUCUAGCGCUUACACAGCCUGACAGCAGUCCAGCCUGACUGCAGAGUCACAGAGCACGUGUACACUGAAUAAUAACAGUUAUAGUAAAAUGGAUAUGUCUGAAUGAAACACUAGAAACCACAAAUUGAGUUGAGUAUUGAAAAGCCAUCUGAGUGCGAUGAGGCAGAGGCUUUUCCAGACACAGAGGAGAACAUGAUACUGGGGCAAAAAUUGGCUUCACCACUGCAUGUCAAUAAAUGAGAAUAUUGUGGAAACUUUUAUUUCAGUACUUCAGUGAAUAAAUAGUCUCCAAGAUAUUGAAAUAGAGAAAUGUUGAUCGUUCA